AUGAAUCCAGCUGUCACAAACAUCGCUAUCAUGCUUAUUGGUAUGCAAGUCGCCAAGAAAUUGGACUUGGAAGACCCAACUGUUUUGUUCUACACAAGAGCUUUCUACAUUUCAUGCCAAGUCAUCACCUUCCUCGUAUACUUUAUUGUCAGAUUGAAGAUCAACCAAAAGAACGACUUGACAACUAUCAAAUACGUUGAGCCAGCUAAUCCUAUGAGCGGCGAAACCGAACCAAGAGCUGUUGUUACCACAGUCAAGGAGUAUGACUUGCAACAAGUUAAUGGUCAAGUCAAGGGUAUCUUUACUGGUUUAGCUAUGAUGGGUUUCAUGCAUCUCUACAUGAAAUAUACCAAUCCAUUGAUCAUGCAAAGUGUUUCUGGUGUCAAGUCAGCUUUGGAGUCAAACAUUGUCAAGAUCCACCUCUAUGGAUCUCCAGCUACUGGUGACUUAAAAAGACCAUUCAAGACUGCGCCUGGUUUUAUGGAAAUGUUGACUGGAGGUGCUGGUGUACAAACCGAUAAAGCUUCCGUCGAAAGCGCUGAAGUCAGUGGUGCUGGUGGUAUUAAACAAGAUUAG